GGUCUGUGUUAUCAUAACCGCCACGAUCGUGACCGGCUCGACAUCGCUGGCCGGACACAAAGAUACGAUUCUUCGCGUCGAGCUUCCGUACUUGACAAAUCACGGGCGCAAAGAGUGCGAUUCGAGCAUGGCGACCAACUCCUCGGCGAGCGGGACGCAGCCGCCGUCGCAGUCGAGAGAUGAGUCUGCGAUUGAAGCCGAUCUCCAAAAACUUGAGAAUCUAUCAGAUCAGUUGGAACGUUUGCGCAAUGCUCUCCCGAUGAUUGUGGAACCCAUGACGCGCGCUGGGUUGUCGGAUUUCGAACGGAUCGAAGAGCUCAAGAAUGCUUGCGUGCAGACAUCAGAAGGAAUCAAUUUGCUCCGGACCGGAAUGAUGUCCGAAACGACCCAGGCUAUCUUAACUGGUGCUACCGAGAGUUUUAAGCAAGAUGGAGACCUCAGUAAAUCUACAAAUGUGUCGCUCUACGGAUACAAUGAUGCAAAAUAGGAACCAGUGCGUGACCACUCCCUGGCUGUCAAAACAAAGAAAUGCAAUU